GGCGAGCGGGCCGGCAGUGUACCACCGAACUCUGCUCUACCAGCGAGGGAGCCCUAUAGCUGCCGCCGUCACCUCCGACGCAUCAUCUCCCUCCCCCACCACCAAGGCCUCCCACGCGCGUCGCCGCCGUGCCAUACCUCACCGCCGAGGCCUAAACUCCAAACCACCACCGCCGCUCACGCGCGUCGCCGCAGCCAUCGCCGUAUCACCUUCUUCCUCGUCGGGACAUCGCGUCCGCGGUGUUGAGGGUUUGGAAGGUUGUCGUUUCGUGAAACGCUCGGCGCUGAUUGGUGGAAGAUGUCGCGGGGCUCUGAGAUCUGAUAUUUGUCGGAAUCCGUCGUGACUGCUGUUUGUACCUUUUCAAGCUGCGGUGGAAUGGAGUGCAAUAAGGAUGAGGCCCUUAGGGCGAAGGAAAUUGCAGAGAGGAAGUUCGAGUCCAGGGACCUGCAGGGGGCGAAAAAAUUCGCACUCAAGGCCAAGACACUCUUUCCCGAUCUCAAAGGCAUUGAGCAGCUGAACUCCACCUUGGAUGUUUACCUUUCUUCGGAGGUGAAGAUUGCUGGCGAGAAGGACUGGUACUCUAUCCUUUCCGUGGACACGUUUGCAGAUGAUGAAACUGUGAAGAAGAAGUACAGGGAUUUGCUGCUCAAGCUCCAUCCCGACAAGAACAAGUCUGUGGGUGCUGAGGGUGCUUUCCAGAUGGUUAAAGAGGCGUGGAAUGUGCUGUCCGAUAAAACCAAGAGAGCGCUGUACGACCAAAAAAGGAAAUUAAUUGUUCUACAGCAGAAGACAUGUCAACCGAGUAAGACAAGUGUAACUCCGGGUGCAGCCAACGGCUUCGAUCAUUUUGCAGCCAAAGCACCCGCUUCCAAGGCAAGGGCAAACAACCAAAAGACAGGAUCAGCAACAUCUGCAGUGCGCCAGCGCCAGCGCCCGCCCCCACCCCCACAGCGCCCGCCUCCUCACCAUCAGGCUCCUGGUCCAUCUCCACCUCCAGCAACACAUCCUACAUUUUGGACCUCUUGCAACAAAUGCAAGAUGAAUCUUGAAUAUCUCAAAAUGUAUUUAAAUCACAAUCUUCGCUGCCCUAGCUGCCGUGAGCCAUUUCUAGCAAAAGAGGUCCCAGUGCCACCAACUGAGAAUGUUCAUGUAGUACGGGAUUCAAACAUCGGUGGUGCAACUCAAGAAUCAAGCACUGGCAAAAAAUUCCAGUGGGGUCCGUUCUCAAGGGCAGCUGGUGCAGCUAGUGCUACUGCAUCAUCAUCUGCUGCUGCUCAAGCUGCUAACAUGGUUCAUCAGACGUAUGAGAAAGUUAAGAGAGAGAGGGAGGAGGCACAAGGAGGAGCAAGAAGGGAAGAUGCUCUUCAAAGGAAGCACAAUCCUCUAAAAAGGCAAGCAAAUAUGGAGAAUUUUAACCAUGGAAUGGAUGAUGGUGCAUCUGGAAAGAAGAUGAAAACUGUGGGUAAAGAAGCUGGAGUUGGUUCUUCCUCCAUUUUCUCAGGUCCAUGGGCCAAUUAUGUUAGAAUGCCAGGUGGUAAUAUACCAUUUUCAGCCAACAGUGGAGCCUUUGAAUUUCAAGGUGUUAAUGGUGUACCCAAUUGGAGAUCCAAGCCUUUUACUCGGAUCAGCUUAACUAAGACUUUCUCUCAGCCAGACAUUAGGAGAAUUUUGAUUGACAAGAUGAAGAGCGAUUUGAGGGGGAAGCUAGAGGAGAUGAGAAGUAAACCUUUUCAAGUUACUCUUGAUGUAAAAGCGAGCAAAAAACAUGUUGAGGGUAAUGAAACUCAUGCAUCAGAUGAUGGUAUUUGCGCUGAUCCAGAGGAGAUUGGUUCUGCUAACAGCACAGGCGCUGAAAACAAAGAUGAUGACCCUUUCUCUUAUACUGUUCCUGAUCCUGAUUUCCAUGAUUUUGAUAAGGAUCGUACUGAGAAGUCUUUUCAAAGUGAUCAAAUUUGGGCUUCAUAUGAUGAUGAAGAUGGUAUGCCUCGUUAUUACGCAUAUAUUCAGAAACUUAUCUCCUUGAAUCCGUUUAAGGUCAAGAUAAGUUAUCUCGCAUCGAGGACAAACAGUGAAUUUGGACCGUUGGGUUGGGUUUCAUCCGGCUUCAUAAAGACAUGUGGUGAUUUCUGGAUUGGUAAAUAUGAAACCAUAGAUAUAAUCAACAUGUUCUCUCACCAGAUUAAAUGGGAGAAAGGUCCUCGUGGGGUGGUCAAAAUUUAUCCACGGAAAGGUGAUAUCUGGGCUUUGUACCGAAAUUGGUCCCCAGAUUGGAAUGGAGAUACUCCUGAUAAUGUGCUUCAUGUCUAUGAUCUGGUUGAGGUACUGGAUGAUUAUGAUGAAGAUCAUGGUAUUUCUGUCAUUCCCUUAGUUAAGGUUACUGGAUUUCGAACAGUGUUCCAGCAUCAUCAGGACAGUGAUGCCAUCAAGAGGAUUCCAAAAGAAGAGAUGUUUCGGUUUUCACAUCAGGUUCCUGUUUACAGGAUGUCUGGGGAAGAAGCUCCAAAUGUCCCCAAAGAUAGCUAUGAGGUAGACCCAGCUGCUAUUUCUAAAGAACUUCUUCAGGAGGAAGAGGCAACUUCUAAAUGCUGAUUAAAACAGUGGAUGCUGACUCCAGUAUGCCUGUGUUGACCUGCUGUUUUGAAGCAUAUAUUUGUUGGCAUUUGCUAGUUUCUGUAGAGUUCUAGCUUCUAUUGCUUUUGACAAUUACCUUUUGAUACAAUGAUCGGACUGGGGCUAGUCAUUCCUAAAUUAUCUUGUAUGGCAUCUGGCCAUGUGUCCUGUCAUCUCAACAAUGAUUCCGAUAGUGUGAGGAAGAGACAUUGUCAUUCUGUAUGUCCCAAAAGAAUCUGAUAUCAGCUGUUGUUCUUAUCUAAAACUUGGAAUUGGUGAUACUGCUA